CACGUCAACACCCCAGCUCACAUACUCCAUCUUGCACAAGCGAGUGUACAGGAACGUGGCUUCGAAGUAUCCAUCACCCUCCCUAUUUUCCACUCCACGCCUGAAGAAGCACCCAGGAAAGCACCGACUUUACGAUGAAGUCGAGCCCAAGGAAGCCGCUGAACUUUAUUUUCGAGGGCAUCACAGGAACUGUUUCUCUCAAAAGAGCCGCCGAACGAGUCUGAAUACUGGUACUGAAGGACAAAGAUGAGGUUGCCUUUCAAGUUGAUCGUGAUAUUCAGCGUGACUUUGAUCUUCCUGGGUGGCACAAGUGCUGACGAAGAACUGGAGUUUUCUGCGACGUCUGAGAACGAGGGUGAUGCGUACACUGCGGGCGAAACGGCGAAGCGGAACUUGGCCGCCCUGGCACGCAAUGGGCGCCUGCCCAGGUUCCACUACCACAAGAAGCUGAGCCCUGGGGGCCGAACCGCUUGGGUUGGUGACCAGGCGCUUCAGGCGGACGCAGCGGAAAAGCUGGGCGUCGUCGAGGCGCUGGGCCGCCUCUCCGAGGCUGCCAUCUUUCCCUACAUCGGCCCUCAUAGGUUUUCCUUCCUGCACUCGAUGCGCAUGCGCAGGGACGUAUCUUCUCAGCAAGAUAACCUCACUAACCUCGACAAACGCAACGUCGCUGCACUCGCCCGCAACGGAUGGCUUCCAGCAGGGUCUUCCAGAGGUCCCCGCUCUAAGGCUCCUUCAAAGACCUUCUACAGGAAAAGCUAUUCAGACGACGUCGAUGCCCGCGUGAGCGCGGAAGACCUCGAAGACGACUUGCGCGAUUGCGUCGAUGACGUCUUCGAAGUUCCAGUCCAGGAGAAGAGAAACUUGCAACACAUGGCAAAGAAUGGCUGGCUACCGCCCUAUAGUUACCGUCGUGUCUGGGGCAGUAAUGGUGCUGGAGGAGGUUCCCCGAUGGACACCUGGCAAGAGACCCGACCCAGGCGUUCAAUACGUCGAUGCAGAACGUCAUCAUCAUCAUCAUCCAGUGAGGCAACAGCGGCCAAGCGGAACUUGCCCUUUAUGGCUCGCGUUGGGAUGAUUCCAAGGUCUUGAAUCCUCUUUCAAUGAAACUUCUCCGCUUCCAUCUUCCCUGUACUUCGGUGUUUUCUGCGCUGCUGCUACUACCGCUAUCUCCAACUCACAUCAAUUCAAAUUAAUUCAAAUUCAAGUUUAUUUAGGUUAUUAUGGUGUUAAUAUAACAAGCAUGAGGAGGAACCAGAGGGAAGAGAUCCCGGUUGAAGGUUCCUCGCAAGAAUGAAAGAAAAAUACUAUAUUCUGUUCUUUAGAUUUUUACUUGUAACAACAGCUCCGAUCAAAGUAUAUGCUCAAAACAGCGGUAUCGGGGAAUGACGCUUUAGGAAACCGUUCGCAACUUCAGAUACGCGAGGGUCGUUUACAACGAUCCCGCUUACAACAAUGCGUCAGUUGUAAAACUGGUAUCGGACAGUUGCGCUUCAGGGUGUAGUUCCCAACUACGGAUCGGUUAGGGUCGUUUAUUGCGAUCCCGUUUAUAACAAUGCGACGGUUGUAUCCAAUUAUAUUUAGUUUUAUCGUUACCACGACUGCCAUUUCGUUUAAUGUGUCAUCCUGCUCAUUAAGUCCUCGAUACUCAGUAAUCUCGUGAAAGCCGUUAAAAGUGAACAAGGACGAACAGCUCAGAGACGCAGGCUGUCAACAGGUUCAACACACAUUUUUCCAACUUACCCGUUUCCACUUUCCUCGUGUUCCUGCACUACGUUCAUUCACCUUCGUUACAAAGCGAAAGAUUAAAGAUGAAUGAUCUCUUGAGGGACAUGGAAGUAGUAACAGCAGCUCACAAAGCGAAAGCCAGCUAUAUUUUUAGGUAGUGAUAUGUCAACGGCAUCCAUAUUAGUAAACGCGCAGAGUGAUAUUUAUUGAUACGUGUUGCUAUACCACCUUGUGUCUAAAAAAAAAAAAAAAAUGUGGAAUGGGAAGGCGUGAUUCCCUCGCAAACAUAUAUAGCUGAAGAGACGUCAAAGAUCGCGUUUUCUGUUUGUGGGAAACAGUUGUAAAAAUAGCACAACUGUCUUAGCAUAAUUUGUGUUCGUGUACGUGCUGGAUCCUACCUAUACUUGUGGCGACGAUGGCUGUGAAGAUACCAAGCAACGACUCCAAGCAUGCUGUGCGACGAUUUAAGAGUCUGUUAUAUCAGCAUAGUAUACCAUAUGGCUAACGCUAGGUCCUGUGUGAAACUGUCUGUAUAUAGGUUGGUUUCAUUUUACCUAAUAAAGCAUAUCACUGCUAGUGAACAUGACUAAGUUUGACCUCAUGCAGUUUCGUGCAACUGUUGUGUAUAGCUUGUGGUUUGUUUUCCAUUAUGCAUCAGGAUCGUUAACAAUUGUUCGGGUGUAGCGCAUUGUGUAGCACAUCCUUGCUGGUACAUCUUUGUGUUGCUAAUAUGGUUUAGUGCAUAGGAGAGAUACCUUGAAUGAGGCUGCCAUUUCCAUUGCACAGUUUCCUUGACUUUCUUUUUUAGUUGUCUCGCGACGUAAAACAAUUAAUUUUCAGUAUCACCUUCUUUUUUUAUUUUCAGAUUUAUUUUCGUUCUUCCGAGUUAUUAACUGCAAUGGAUCAUCACUUCUUCCACUUCACGUCUCAGGUGAUUUAAACAUAUAUAUAUAUAUAUAUAUUGCGGAAAAAUCAAUGUCUCAGUACUUUUCUUUCUGUCCACUUUGUUUUCUUGACAUGAUCAUGUCAAGUUUUAACUAACCUCCUCUAUACCUUCUAGCACUCUUGUUUUCGCUCCAUUAUUUAUUAUUGAUUAAUAUAGUGCUGAACGCAUUCUUGUUCUACUUCUGAUUUCGCAAUUUUAAAAGAAAGAUGGAUGUAAAGCCUAACUAUGAAGUAUGCGUCUGUAGGAAGUCAUCUGAAGAUAUCUGGAAAGAAAAGAAAAAAUAUAAAUAAAUGUAACUUUUGCAUA